AUGCCAAAUCAAUUACAUAGUCACCCCAGAAAGUACGGAAAGGAUUCAAGAGCAUGCAGAGUUUGCAACAAUACCCAUGGUCUUAUCAGAAAGUACUCACUCAUGGUCUGCAGAAGAUGCUUCAGAGAGAAUGCAAACAUGAUCGGCUUCUACAAAUACAGAUGA